AUGUCAGCUUUCAGCCAAGCACAAGGAAAUGGAGUUCAUGCCUUAGCUAAAGCGAGCCAAAAUCAAGAAAACCUACUACCGAGGUUACGAGCCACGUCCAAAAACGUGGUGGAAAAUCAAGAAAAUGUUCAGCCUAAACCUGGAAACAGGACAGUUCUGGGGCCUUUGGAGAGCAAUCAGUGCAAACAACCCACCCUGCGCGGCACAAAACAGACCUCAUCCCAACCAUUUUCCUGUAAAUCCGAAGAUUAUGGCAAAAGCUUUGCAGAAAAAGCGGCCGCCAAACCGGCAGGUUUUCAGAUCCAUGUUGAUGAACCUGAUGGAGCAUGUUCCAAGAAGCAAGUGUCCAACAAAAAAGCCCCCAUGGAUUUCUCUCCCCUGACAUUAAAUCCCACAGUAACACGUCUAAGACAACCACUGGCCACAAUUGAUUUGCCCAUGGAUAUGAGCGCUGACUCUCCCAUGGAUAUGUCAAUUGUUGAUGGAGAGGAGAAGUCAGUGAAUGUGAAUGAGGCCACUGACUAUGCUGCAGAAAUACACUCACACCUGAGGGACAUGGAGGUGAAGUCAAGGCCAAAGGCUGGCUACAUGAAGAAGCAGCCUGACAUAACCAACAGCAUGCGUGCCAUCCUGGUGGACUGGCUGGUAGAGGUGGGAGAGGAGUACAAGCUUCAGAACGAGACACUGUACCUGGCUGUCAACUAUAUCGACCGUUUCCUGUCUUCCAUGUCCGUUUUGAGGGGGAAGUUGCAGCUGGUCGGGACUGCAGCGAUGCUGCUGGCUUCGAAGUUUGAAGAGAUCUACCCCCCAGAGGUGGCAGAGUUUGUUUACAUCACUGACGACACCUACACGAAGAAACAAGUGUUACGAAUGGAGCAUCUGGUGCUGAAAGUCCUUUCUUUUGAUCUGGCCGUGCCAACAGUCAAUCAGUUUCUCACCCAGUACUUCCUACAUCAGCCUGUCAACAAUAAAGUGGAAAGCUUGUCAAUGUUUCUUGGAGAGCUUAGUCUAAUUGAUUCUGAUCCUUACCUGAAGUAUCUUCCAUCUCAAACGGCUGCUGCUGCCUUCAUUUUGGCAAAUCACACUAUCACUGGUGGUUCAUGGUCAAAGGCACUGGUUGAAAUGACUGGCUACACAUUGGAGGACCUCAUGCCAUGUAUCCUUGACUUACAUCAGACCUACCUCAAUGCUCCACAGCAUGCCCAGCAGGCAGUCAGGGAGAAAUACAAGGGCCCCAAGUACCAUGAAGUCUCCCUCAUUGAACCCCCAGCCAAGCUAAUGUUGGUUUAA